AUGAUAUUUGUGUGGUGGAACUCUUUGGGAGUUGUUAAUAUCAAAGAUUUGUCCGAACGUAAAAAAGUUGGUGAAACAAAAUACGGUGUUGAAUGGCACGGAUAUGGUCAAGAUCAAAUUAAUCCACGCUUUGGUACGGCUGAGAACUCAAGAAGCUUAAAGCUCACGCGAGAAAGACGUUAA